CCAUCUGAUCAACAACCACUGUGUCGCUCACAGAUUAGCCCUUGCGAGUUCCCAAGCAGCCAACCAAAUCAGCUACAUUAAGAAGUUCAAGGCCAUAGUGGAACAGUUGUAUAGAUUCUACAACUACAGUGCUGUUCGCACAGCUGCUUUGCAUGAAAUCCAGACUAUCCUAAAUAAUCCAGCAAUCAAGAUAACACAGGGCAAAGAUGUGAGAUGGCUGAGCCAUGAUGCUGCAAUACAAUCGAUAAGGAGGUCAUUUGAGGCUGUAUUAAUGAGUUUGGAGAGGGAAGCACAGGAAAGAUCAGACGUGCAGGCCAUGGGGCUGUCUGUGUUCCUCCAGACGUACGACUUUGUCGCGACACUUUACAUGCUGUCAGAUGUUCUCCCUUUGCUAUCCCAGCUGUCUAAGGCAAUGCAGCGCAAAGACUUAGACUACACCCUGGUGAGACCACUUGUUGCUGGAACCAUAAGCUCUGUGACUGCCCUAAAAACCAACCCUGGCCAGUUCUUUAGACAAUUGCCUGAAGUUAUGGUAGACCUUGCUGACAAGCCAAUGAAGUUUAGCAUCCCAACCCAGGACAAGACUGACUCGUUUAAGAGAUCGGUCUAUGACAAAUACUUGGAUCUGGUUGUGGAGAACUUGGAGAGACGAUUUCCUGACCUUCCCAUGCUGGAAGCGUUCAACAUAUUCAACCCAGGUCUGCUUCCAGAGAGCUUAGAUGAAUUGAACUUCUAUGGACAGGAAGAAAUCAAGAUGCUGAGUGAACAUUACAGCUUAGAUGAUGAGCUGUUAAUGGAGGAGUGGCACACCACCAAGCACCUAAUGAAAGAAUUACCAGAUUGCACCUGCCAGGCCAUAAUGUCAAGAGUGGGUUGCCAGCCAGAGGCCUUCCCAAACUUGGCAAGGAUUGUUUCAGCUGGACUUCUGAUCCCAACAUCAACUGCAG